AUGAUGAAGCGAAAGAGGGAGCUUCAUAUUGAUCCCCUCACGCCGACGCCGCCAUCAAAAUACUCGAUUAUUUCGAGCACGGCUGAGAGGGGUGAUGAUACGGUGCCACUAACUCCCGAGGACUACACGGUCGGCAUCAUAUGUGCGCUUCCAAUCGAGAUGGCCGCAGUUAGUGCAGUACUAGAUUCCAGGCACCAUAAUCUCCCGGUACGUCCAAGUGACCACAACACCUACACACUGGGGAGAAUUGGGCCUCACAACACGGUGAUUGCCUGCUUGCCCGCGGGUGUCUACGGAACAACGAGUGCCGCAGUAGUGGCGUCUAACCUGUUGAUCUCAUUUCCUUCCAUCAGGUUUGGGCUUCUGGUUGGUAUUGGCGGGGGGGCGCCUAGUAACGCCGAUAUUCGACUGGGGGAUGUCGUGGUCAGCAAACCAACUGCGGGCUCCGGGGGUGUUGUACAGUAUGAUUACGGCAAAGCUGUGUCGUCCGGAUAUCUCCUUCGGACUGGCAUGUUAAACAAACCGCCGCAGAUACUCUUGACGGCGAUUUCCAGACUGCAAUCCGAUCACAUGCUCACUGGCAGUGGUCUAUCUGAAAGACUCUCUGAACUGGCAAAGAAAAGUAGCAUGUUCGCGCACCCCGGCCAAGACAUCGAUCGGCUCUUCCAUGCAAACUACGAGCAUACCGAUGGGCAGAAAGCAUGCGACGAGUGUGAAUCGAGCUUUCUCGUGGCUCGGGCUCGGAGGGCUAACGAUCUACCGGUCAUUCACUACGGGUUGAUUGCGUCGGGCAAUCAAGUAUUAAAGCACGCAGCGACUAGAGAUCGACUCGCCAAAGAACUCAAUAUUCUAUGUUUUGAGAUGGAGGCAGCGGGGAUGAUAGACCAUUUUCCCAGUCUGGUGAUCAGGGGCAUCUGUGAUUAUUCGGAUUCCCAUAAGAACAAGCAAUGGCAGCCAUACGCGGCAGCCGCGGCGGCAGCAUAUGCCAGAGAGCUUCUGUCAAUUGUUCCUGGGAGGCAGAUAGAACAAGCCCCGGCCUUUUCAGCUUCUUUGCCAAAUGCAGAACUAGUCUACCGUGUUUCUCAGUGGUUGACCCCCAUGGAUUUCUCCGCGGUACAUCGCGAUAUCAUCAGCAAGCGGCAAGAAGGGACAGGAGAGUGGCUUCUAAAGUCUGACGAGUACGUGGCCUGGCUCAGCGGGAUGCAGCCAACAUUGUUUUGCCAUGGAAUUCCUGGAGCUGGAAAGACAAUGAUGUCGUCCAUUGUUAUCCAAGACAUCCAGAUGAGAUUUAGCGAUGAUGGUCAGGUUGGCAUAGCGUAUCUGUACUUUAACUUUAAGCGCCAUACCGAGCAGUCGCCGACGGACAUGUUUGCCAUUCUGUUGAAACAGCUAGUAGAGGAAUGGCCGGCAUUACCUGAAGCUUUGGAGACCUUAUACGAGUACCACAUCAGACGAGGGACUCGACCAGUGUUGUAUGAGCUGACUCAAAUGCUACUACAAAUUAUCGGCCGAUUCCGCAGGGUCUUCUGGAUUAUUGAUGCUCUGGAUGAAUGCGCAGACACUGAUGGGGCUAGAACCACCCUAUUGCGUGAGAUUGGCCGGUUGCAGAAACAGACAACAAUUAGUCUGUUCGUGACUUCGCGUCCUAACCCCGAGAUACAAAGCCAGUUUCAGGGCAGAUUGUCAAUGGAGAUUCGUGCCAGUGACAAGGAUAUCCAGAGAUACCUGGCCGACCAGAUGCCAAGAUUACCGCUUUGCGUCUCGCAGGACCCCGAGCUGCAAGGCAUCAUAAAAGAUGAAAUUGUGAGAGCAGCCGACGGAAUGUUUCUCCUUGCUCAGCUACAUAUGGACUCGCUAUACGACAAGACGACGCGCAAGUCCAUCCGGAGGGCGCUAGAAGAGCUUCCCGAGGGGAUAGAUGAACUUGAUGAUGCCUACGAAAGCGCCAUGCUAAGAAUCACCAGUCAGAAAUAUGGCUUCCAAAAACUGGCUAGACGGGUCCUUCUUUGGAUAACCUGUGCCAAGAGGCCGUUGACCACACAAGAGCUACGCCAUGCUUUGGCGGUCGAGAUCAGCGAACCAGAAAUAGACGACGAAAACUUGACCGAGGUGGCAGACAUGGUCUCGGUUUGUGCCGGGCUGGUCACGAUUGACCAAGAAAGCAACAUAAUCCGCUUGGUGCAUUAUACAACACAAGACUACUUUCAAAGAACCCAGCAGACGUGGUUCCCGUACGCCGAAACCGAGGUGGCAGCAGUAUGUAUCGCAUAUUUGUCGUUUAGUGCUUUUGCGCCUGGGCAUUGUUACACGGACGAGUCAUUCGAAUCUAGAGUAGAAGCAAACAGACUCUUUCUCUACGCAGCAUGCAACUGGGGAUACCAUGCGCGGGAGACAUCAACCGUCUUGGGCGAAAUAGUCCUGGAUUUCUUGGAGAAUGAAACCAGGAUGUCCAGUUCCACGCAGGCUAUGACCGUCUCUUCCAAGAAACCUGGGUAUAGCCAGGACAUUCCACAGCACGUCACCGGUCUGCAUUUAGCAGCUUACUUUGGGCUGACAAAUGCCUUGAUUACCUUGUUGAAAAAUGGCCACUAUCCAGACCGGGAAGAUACAUAUGGUCGAACGCCAUUAUCUUGGGCUGCAGGAAAUGGACAAGAAGCUUCCACAAAACUGCUCUUGGCUUCAAUGAGGGCAGAUCCCGGCUCAAAAGACAAGAACGGCGAAAGUCCGCUAUCCUGGGCAGCAAAAUUGGGACAUGUCUCCACAUUGCAAGCGAUGCUAGACAAAGGAGCCGAUCCUAAUAUUCCGAAUGCGUCAAGCCAGACACCUCUCUCGCUUGCUGCUCAAAAUGGACAUACCAUAGCAGUAAAGUUGUUGCUGAGUAGAGGUGCUGAUGCUAAUUUUAAGGACAGAAUGAGCAUGUCACCACUUGCUUGGGCAGCUUGCCGAGGGCAUUUUACCGUAGCAGAUGUUCUACUCAAGCAAGCAAAUAUCGAGCCAGACUUGAAGCACCACUCUGGUCAGACUCCACUAUCCCUAGCAGCAUCAGAGGGCCACACGGGCGUACUAAAGCAUUUUCUCAUAACCCAUAUGGAAAUCGACCCGAAUUCUCGCGACGACCGGGGCCGUUCGCCCUUGUCAUGGGCCGCGGCAAAGGGCCACGAGGCAGCAGUGACUCUACUACUGCAGGAUUAUCGCGUCGAUCCGGAUAUCCCAGAUAAACAUGGGCAGACACCAUUAUCCCUUGCUGCUGCAAAUGGAAGAGCCACCGUUACCGAAUUGCUUCUGGCCAACAACAAAGUCAAUCCAGUCUCGGUAUCCGAGGAAGGCCAGACGCCGCUUUGUUUCGCUGCUAUGCAUGGCCAUGUCUCUACCGUUAAAGUGCUACUCACAAAAUGUGAGGGUGACAGUAUUGUUCCAGACGUUCAGGAUGACUGUGGGCGAACGUCUUUACUAUGGGCCGCCAAAAAUGGACACGAAAGAGUCGUCGAGGCGCUACUUGAAACGGGCAGGGUCAACAUAUCUUUGAAGGAUAAAGGCGGCCACACGUCCUACGAUUGGGCACGGAAGAACGGACAUCAUGCCAUAGUUCGGCUUCUCGUCCAUCAGUGA